AUGAAAGUUAUUUAUUAUUUAUUAACACUGUUAGCACUAAUUCACAUUGACCUGGCAGUUUGUCCAUUCACUCGACCAUAUUUUGACCCAUCAAACCCAGGUGGUGUUGCCAGUAAGCCAGAGCCUCCUAAGCCACCAGAUCCAUCACAAACAAAUGUUAAAUCUAGAUCCGCCAUCUUCGAAUUGGAUUCCGACAAUGAAUCUCAAAAAGGAGCGGAAGUUUCACCCAAACGAAUAUCAACUGCACAAACCACACCAGAUCCCGAAUCUGGCGUCGAAGUAGAGCCCAGUCCCAGACGAUCACCAGCUCCAGUGGCCGUAGCUGCGCCUCAACCUGGACCUGAUUUGCAAUCUGGAAGUGUACCUCGUAAAAGUGUACAACCCGUAGCGGCUUUACCUAAACUCUCGCCAGUGGCAGCUCCACAGGCCAGACCUGCGGGACAGCCAGCAUCUAAAUCUUUUGAACUGGAAUCUGAGGGUGAGUCAGAUUUAGAGGUUGUCACUCCUAGCUCUAGAGCGCCCUCUUCUCAACCCGUACAGGCACAAACUCAACCUUCGGUACCACGAGGGCCUCAGCCACGAGCUGUUCCAGUUGAAGCUCAAACAACUGCUCAUACUAAUACACCUGAUAGUACGACGCAACCCAUUCCACGUGCACCACCUUCACCAAAUCAACCUCAAUUCAUUACCAUAGAACUCAACAACAAAAAGUCCAAUAAAUACUAUACCUAUGCUUGGGAUCAGUACAAAUAUGCUCACUUGUUUAUUCCCAAAACGCCGUACAUAAUUAAUAAAGUUACAGACAACACUGUUGUCCCUUGGCAAUAUCAAGGUGGAAAGUAUCCCAACGAAGUACGUAUAGCUUUUGAUAAAGAUGAUAAUCCCUCAUUAGAGUUGAGUUUUCCGGCGGAUGAUGUGAAUUUUGAUACUAAAUUUAUUACUAUUGAGCUUAGAAACAAAAGAUCAGAUGACACUUACGCCUAUCUAUGGGAUCAAAACAAAUACGCUCAUGUUUUCAUCCCAAGAUCUCCUUUCAUCGUCAAUAAUAUUACAGAUAGCGGUAACGUUGCAUGGACUUAUAAUGGAGGUAAAUACCCUAAAGAAAUACGCAUAGCUUUUGAUCAACAAAAUAACCCUUCAUUGGAGUUAGAUUUUGAUUCUGAUAGCGAAGCGGAGCCUCAACCCUCGCCAGUGGCAGCUCCACAGGCCAGACCUGCGGGACAGCCAGCAUCUAAAUCUUUCGAACUGGAAUCUGAGGGUGAGUCAGAUUUAGAGGUUGUCACUCCUAGCUCUAGAGCGCCCUCUUCUCAACCCGUACAGGCACAAUCACAACCUUCUGCUGUUCAACAAAAUUCAGAAUCAGGAUCUAGACUACCUGCUCCUCAGCCCUUGAAACAAAAAAUUCCUCAAAAAGGCCAAACCCAAUUGGUUAGUGUUGAUAUUACUCAUUAUGCAAGUACGAAUGAAGUUGACUACUCGUAUUUUCAAGUUGAGGACAUUCAUAGAUUCCUCUGUAAAGAAGGAUUUUUGAUUUACGAGCUUAAAAAGGGUGAUAGAGUUAAAUGGCGUUAUCAACAAGGUGAAUAUCCUAAUCGCGUACUUUUAUUAAAAGACGAGAAUAAUGCUCCUGUUAUUAGAGUUUUAGCUCCUAACGAUUAUGACCCGAGUGAGCCAACAGGAUUGCCUUCACCCAAAUUCAUUAGUGUUGAUAUUACUCAUUAUGCAAGUACGAAUGAAAUUGACUACUCGUAUUUUCAAGUUGAGGACAUUCAUAGAUUCCUCUGUAAAGAAGGAUUUUUGAUUUACGAGCUUAAAAAGGGUGAUAGAGUUAAAUGGCGUUAUCAACAAGGUGAAUAUCCUAAUCGUGUACUUUUAUUAAAAGACGAGAAUGCUCCUGUUAUUAGAGUUUUAGCUCCUAACGAUUAUGACCCGAGUGAGCCAACAGGAUUGCCUUCACCCAAAUUCAUUAGUGUUGAUAUUACUCAUUAUGCAAGUACGAAUGAAAUUGACUACUCGUAUUUUCAAGUUGAGGACAUUCAUAGAUUCCUCUGUAAAGAAGGAUUUUUGAUUUACGAGCUUAAAAAGGGUGAUAGAGUUAAAUGGCGUUAUCAACAAGGUGAAUAUCCUAAUCGCGUACUUUUAUUAAAAGACGAGAAUAAUGCUCCUGUUAUUAGAGUUUUAGCUCCUAACGAUUAUGACCCGAGUGAGCCAACAGGAUUGCCUUCACCCAAAUUCAUUAGUGUUGAUAUUACUCAUUAUGCAAGUACGAAUGAAAUUGACUACUCGUAUUUUCAAGUUGAGGACAUUCAUAGAUUCCUCUGUAAAGAAGGAUUUUUGAUUUACGAGCUUAAAAAGGGUGAUAGAGUUAAAUGGCGUUAUCAACAAGGUGAAUAUCCUAAUCGUGUACUUUUAUUAAAAGACGAGAAUGCUCCUGUUAUUAGAGUUUUAGCUCCUAACGAUUAUGACCCGAGUGAGCCAACAGGAUUGCCUUCACCCAAAUUCAUUAGUGUUGAUAUUACUCAUUAUGCAAGUACGAAUGAAAUUGACUACUCGUAUUUUCAAGUUGAGGACAUUCAUAGAUUCCUCUGUAAAGAAGGAUUUUUGAUUUACGAGCUUAAAAAGGGUGAUAGAGUUAAAUGGCGUUAUCAACAAGGUGAAUAUCCUAAUCGUGUACUUUUAUUAAAAGACGAGAAUGCUCCUGUUAUUAGAGUUUUAGCUCCUAACGAUUAUGAACCGAAUGAACCGGUAUAUCAAAUUCCAACACCUGCUCCUGUUGAACCCGAACCCGAAUAUGAAACCGGAUUAAUUACUGCAAAUGUAGAUAUUUAUCAAAGUACAGAUACCAUUGAGUACACAUAUGAUCCUGCCAUUGAUGCUCACACGUUUAAAAGUAGAGGUUCCCUUCUAUUCAAUAAGGUUGUACGAAACGGCAAGGUUAUUUGGCUUCCCAAAAAUAAUAGAUAUGGCAACAGGGUGGUUAUUAAAAUGAGCCCUGAUGGUAGUUAUAAGGCCAAGAUGCACUAUCCAGAUGAUGUUCCUACACCAGAGAUGGCAGCACCUACAGUACCUGAGGAACCUGUCGGAGUUCCCUCCCCCGUUCCAGCACGGGCACCAAUUGAUUUGGAAUCUGAUGUUGAGGUGGAACCAAAGCCUCGAAUUGAGCCUAUUAUGCCUCAACCUGGUGUAGAACCCGUAGGAAUACAACCUAUUGGCGUCUUGCCUACCCUGGUUAAACCUAGCGAUGUUUCUGUUUCUUUAGAUACUGAAGAAGGCAUACCUGUAGCCCCUCGUGAAGAACCCAUCAUUCCAAAAGAACAAGAUGUUGCUGAGAAGGUUUUCGAAACAUCUGAGAAAUUCGUUUAUGAGCCUGAUCCGAAUGUAACACCAGAUUUUAGCUCUAAGGCUCCAAUUAAUUUGAAUAUAAAAAGCACAUCUUCUACAGUUUCUUAUAAUUAUAACAAAGAUAAAUGUAAAAAGACCAAAAUUUACAGUGCCUUGUCUGGAUACGGAUUUGCAACAGUAAAGUAUGGAGGUACCUGUUGUUCAUCAGAAAAAUCAAUAUGGGUAGCUAAGGGAGAUAAACAGUACGGAAAGAAAGUCGAAAUAAUUGAUUAUUGGUAUCUUGAUAUGAAGGAAUUGAACAUAUACCUAUAUGACGCAACUAAAAGGAAGUUUUUUAAAAAUUAUGAGGACCCAUGGACUGAGAUUGACAUGUCAAAACUGAAUCCUAAAACAAUGAACAUUACGAUGACACAGGAAUCAUACUUUCAUACUAACAGCAGAGAGGACCGUUAUCAAAUUUAUGUUGCGAAACACCCAUUUGUUUUUAAUAAAGUCAUUCAAUGGCGGUACCCCGGUAUAUGGAAAGAAUACCCUGUAUGGAGCACUUACGAUUCAGAAGAAUACGCCUCUGAAAUUUUCAGAGAUGGAGUUGGUUGUUCAAGUAUUAAAAAUGUCACCAUGCGCUUAUUAAACGGAGAUUAUCGGCACGUCAAAAUGGUCAAUGGAGUUUGGGUUAAAAAGUCUUCUUAUUUGGACCUUGACCUCAACCUUAAGAAAUCGACAUUCGAAUUUACAUACUCCAAAAAUAAAAACUCGCAUACUUAUGAAACAAAUUUCGAUUUCUUAUUUACCAAGAUUCUAAUACGCAAGGGUUCUUCCUGUUGUAAGAAGGAAACGAUUAUUUGGGAAAAAAUGGACAAUAAUCAGCUUGCAAACAAGGUUGUUUUCACUAAAUACAUUUACGAUCAUAUGUAUGAUCUGAUAAUCUAUUUUCAUGAUGGGUCUAAGAAAAUGUUUAUUAAAAAUCAAAAGAAAUACUGGACCGAGGUAAAUUUGGCUAAAAAGUACUCAAUAUAUUUGAACAUAGAGGCUCUGAAGGACACCUAUUUCUACACUUAUAAACGGGAUAGAGGAUAUGGAACCUUUGAAGCUAAAAACCCUUUUGUGUUUUCUAGUCUGGUCGAGUUUAAAAGAAUUGGCAAUGGAACUAAGAUGGUUUGGCAAGCAAGAAAUCCUAAUGAAUAUGCAGUCAAAGUGGUUAUAGAUGGUUCUAGAAGAUGCACAUACACUAAAAAUGCCACUUUGCAUUUAGUUACUGGCAAGAGUUUGAGACUUACCAGGACGGGCUCAUUAGGUUGUACGCCAAGCUUUUGCUGUUUCUUCACUCUAGGACUGUUUAAUUGUUGCGCUAAGACAUGGGAACAGGAGCAUACUAUUGCUAUCACUAAGCCUGUUGCUUCAACUCAGGAUAAAGAUGAAGGGGCUCAACAAAAAACGUCUUUUGAUAUUGAUGACGAUGUUAUUGGUAUACCUGCAACUACAUCACCUGUACCUGAUCCUACUAAUGUAACACACGUGCAAAAAACCUCUAAUGUACUUGAUGAUGACGAUGUCGGAGGCGUAACCGUUGGUAUGCCUGUUUUACCAGGGGUCAUGAAUUAUGCAUCUGAGCAACAAAACUCUUUUGUACUUGAUGAAGAUGAUGUCGGAGGAGUAACUGUUGGUAUGCCUGUUUUUCCAGGUGUCACGAAUAAGUCAAACGAGCAACAAAAUUCAUUUGUUCUUGAGGACGAUGUUGAAAGUAUAGCUGCAACUACACCUGGCACUAACGAUUUUACCAAUGAGGUAUAUAAUCAACCAAACGCUUUCGAUUUUGACGAUGAUGGUGUUGGUGAAUUAAUUCAGAUUUAA